UUCAAUUUUGGUUCUGUGUUUUGCAUGAGCUCAAAAUCCACUAAAUAUCCAAACCCAUAGAGUUCAGUCUGCUUUUUUUUUCAAAAAAAAAAAUUCCCAUUUUUCACUUUUCUUCCUUCGCUUUCUUUCCACCCAAUCACUCUUAUUGUCUCCCUUUGUCUAUAUCACAAAUAUAUAUAUAUAUAAAAUAAUAUAAACACUUUUCUCAUUGAUUCUCUGGGAAAAGAAGAAUGAGGUGGGAAAGGUUGCAACAACUCCAUUCGGGGCAGGGCCAGGGAGAAGCUCAACAACGACAGCAAGUGGGUGAGAUUUCUGGGCCAGGGAAGAGGUGGGGACACACCUGCAACGCCAUUAAGGAAGGGAGGUUUCUCUAUGUCUUUGGGGGUUAUGGCAAAGAUAACUGUCAGACUAACAAAAUACACGUCUUUGACACCGCCACUCAGAAAUGGAGCGAGCCAGUGAUAAAAGGCACACAUCCAACUCCCAGAGACAGCCACAGCUGUACCACUGUUGGUGAUAAUCUCUAUGUGUUUGGGGGUACUGAUGGGAUGAAUCCUCUCAGGGAUUUGCAUAUAUUAGACACUUCCUCACAUACAUGGAUAUCCCCAUGUUUUAGAGGAGAAGGACCAGAGGCACGAGAAGGCCAUAAUGCAGCCCUUGUUGGUAAAAGAUUGUUUAUAUUUGGUGGUUGUGGCAAAUCUUUUAGUACUAAUGAUGAGGUGUAUUACAAUGAUCUUUACAUAUUAAAUACCGAGACAUUUGUAUGGAAACGCGCUACAACAUCAGGCACUCCACCAUCCCCACGCGAUAGCCAUACUUGCUCUUCUUGGAAGAACAAUGUUAUUGUGAUUGGUGGUGAAGAUGGGCAUGAUUAUUAUUUGUCAGAUGUUCAUAUCCUCGAUACAGAUACUCUGGUGUGGAGGGAGCUGAACACUACAGGUCAAUUAUUGACCCCUCGAGCUGGCCAUUGUACUGUUGCUUUAGGCAAGAAAUUAUUUGUUUUCGGGGGAUUUACGGAUGCUCAAAAUCUGUACAAUGAUCUUUAUAUGCUAGAUAUUGAUACAGGUGUAUGGACCAAGGUGACAACAAUAGGUGAUGGGCCAUCUGCUAGAUUUUCUGUGGCAGGUGAUUGCUUGGAUCCACAGAAGAGAGGUGUUCUCGUAGUUUUGGGUGGUUGCAAUAAAAGUCUUGAGGCACUGGAUGACAUGUUUUACUUAUACACAGGGAUCACUAGGGAAAGUGAGUUAAGACUAGAGAAAUUAUCUCUGAGAAAGCAAUUAAAGCUUAAGUGCCAAGAACAACUCACUCCUAUUCAGGACAAUACUCUUGCUAGACUUGAAGGUGGGGUUAAUAGGUACCAACCCUCGACUGUGCCAAUUUAUGGCCAAGCAGCUAUACAGAACUUCAGUUUGAUGCAGCAGAGCAAGAAAACCUUUCAAGCCAAGGUGACUGAAAGAAUAUCAGAUGGAUAUACUAUUGAAACAAUCAUUGAUGGAAAGCCUCUUCGGGGAAUCUUAUUUUCCAAUAGACCAGACUAUCACCACAAACCUAUUCCGACGCCUAGUAGGAAGCGGGUUGCUGCAGAAACUGGAGGUGCCAUGUCAAAUGGUGAUUAUAGCAGUAAAACAAGUUCUGGGGUCCUCAAGCAGGAUGCUGCAGAAAACAAACAAGUUGUUAAUGUUAAUGAGGAAUCAACAUCUCAUGUGCCUUGCAGUGAAGGGGCUAUCAUUCCUACAGUAAAGGACCAAACACCUUGUGAUACUUCUCAGCCACCACAGGUCACUUCUGAUCCUGGAAAUGAACAGUUGAAAGAUGCACCGGAAACGAACUCUAAAACUCCAAGAGAAACUAGGACAAGUAGUCCGCCUGUUGGUAGUGGUGAAGUUCUCAAAGACAUUGCGCCUGCUCCAGAGACUGAUCCUAUGGCCCUUGAUCCAGUUUCUUCCAUACAUUGAUUUGGCCAUGGAUGGAUGGUUCUCACCACUGUUGCCCCGUGUUCUGUUGGUGUCUCUUUUCUUCAUUAGUAUUUGAAUCUUCCUAGCAGAAACAAUGGUGGGAUUCUUUGGUAAGUGUAUUUUUCUGAUUAGCUGAUCAGUUCUUCAAUUUCUGUGUCCAGAUGACAAGACUUUAACCUCGGGAGAAAUCGAAGCAACAACAUCAAUGCAAAACUGACUGUUCUGAGAUUAGCUUACACACAACCAACCGAACAGCUUUUGUACAUUCUAAGGUGAUCAUAGGACAGGGAUAUACAGAACUUGCUAACUGGUGUAAUCUGCCACCGUCUAACACUUUUGGGUCUAAAGUAGUAGAUGUAUUUAGUUCUAGUUCUAGUUAGUCUAAAACUAGUAGUGACUUGGUGGUUACUUCUCUUCCAAUGCUUGAGACUUCAAAUAUUGAGGUUGAGCUACUGUCUUGUUAACUUUUCAACGAAGAGGCUACUUCCCAGAAGAAGCUCGUGGUGACUUUAGUUACAUGGUAUGUUAUUGCAUCCAAACCAGAACAAUGAAUGGCACUUGCAGCUCCGUCAAAAUUUUCUGCUGGUUCCGUUUCGGAUUUACUUGAGAAGAUGAUAUUCUUAUUCUUUUUCAUUUUCUUCUUUCAUUUAUAAUUCUUCAUUUUUAGCCAUUAUUUUCAUGGGAUUGGGAUCCAUAACAAAAUUAGUCGAUUUACAAUUCUAAUAGGAAAGUACAGAUUAGAUUUAUGGGUUAA